GGGGCAUGGGAGGUUAUUUGGUGAUGUCUGAGCAGAAAAUUUGUAUUUUGGGAAAGGGCAUUAAAAAACUUAAAAAUCCGACUUAUUUUAUCAAUUUUCCCGAUUUUUCACGUGGAGGCUUCACUCGUCCAGUCGUCCCGCGCUUCUUUCGAAUACAAACUAACCUCCAGAGAAAUGGAACCGAACGCAUAAACCUUCAAUUCCUCCGUCGCAGUUGCUCCGCCGCAUUCCGAUGUCCCAGCCAAUUGACCUCUCCGACGAGGAGGACCAGUUCGCAACACCUCUCCCGAUCCACUCCAAGAAACGUCGAACUCAACCGGACGCCUUUCCGAGCAUAAACUCCACUGUUCUUGUGCUUGAUGAUGAUCCGACCCCACAAAAACCCGGUCGCACCUCUACGGCCUCGUUCGUGCCGGAGACACCUCUCUCUCCGCCUCCGAGUUCUGAGGUUGCUAUUGUUAAAUGUACGAAGGCGCAUUCUAGGGAUUUGAAUUCCGAGCAGAAGCUCUCCGGAAUCAGUGGAUUGAUAUGCUUGGAGUCCGACAACGAGUGUGAAAGUGAUUCUGAGAAGAAAAGGUGUGGGCAGAGUAAUCGGAUCGGUUCUAACUGUGAUGAAGUGAAUAACUCAGGAUUAACUUCUAAAUAUGACUCGGCAGGAUCCAGGCAUUCUCUUGGGAAUGAUGAUCGGCAGGAAAUUCUUGAGGACGCUAGGCAUUCAACCUUUUGGCAAGAUGAUAAUAUAUAUCAGGUCCAUGAUUAUUCUGAAAAGGAAAAUGUUGGAAUGGAGCAUCGUGAUAACACUAUAAAAGCAACUGGAAGAAAAGCCAAUGCUGAGAAGAACAAAGAUAUUGAUAAAGCGAUGAGGAAGAAGGCAACUAAAGAUGAAAAAAUUCGCUUAAUGGAAGAGAAGAAAAAAAUGAAGGAACUAGAGAAGUUGCAAAAGGCAGCUCAAAAGGCUGAAGCUGCAGAGAUGAAGAAAAUUCAGAAAGAGAAGCAAAAGUGGGAAAAUGGGAAACUUGCUUUGAAGUCCAUUGUCGCAGAAAUUGAUGCUAAAGUAGUGGAAUUGGGAUCAGUCGGUGGUCAUCUGCUAACAAGGUUGGCUGAAAAGGGGAUUACUUUCCGUAUUAAGUCUAAUCCAAUUGAAAGGUCUAUUUUGUGGACUAUGAACGUCCCGGAGCAUAUUUCAGAGUCGUCCAAGGGACCGGAAAUUUCAUAUUUAUUACUAUUGUAUGAGGCUGAAAACUUCUGUGAGCUUCUGAUGAAGGAGUCACUUAGGGAUCACGUUGCCAGAGUUCAAAGCCAUUAUCCAUCUUACACUAUCUGUUACCUCACCAAUAGGUUAAUGGCAUAUAUCAAUAAAAGGGAACAGGGGAAGUACAAUAACUCGACAAGCAGCAACGUUUGGAUACGUCCACCUGUUGAGGAGGAAUUGGCAAAAUUAAGUACUCACUUUGUCAAAGUGCAUUCUAGGCUGUGUGUGGAUGAAGCCGAGGUAGCUGACCACAUUGUUGGUUUGACAUGCAGUCUGGCAUCCUGCCAAUUCAGGAAAAAACCAACACGUCUAUCUGUCAAUGCUAAUGGAUCCAUUAUACCCAAGGAUUGUAUUGACAGGAAUGUGAUAAAGAAAAGCUUGUGGUUAAAAGCCUUGGUAGCAAUUCCAAAGGUACAGCCACGCUUUGCCGUAGCAAUAUGGAAGAAAUAUCCGACUAUGAAAUCUCUUUUGAGUGUGUACAUGGACCCAUGCAAAUCUGUGCAUGAAAAGGAAUUUCUGCUGAAAGACUUGACGAUAGAAGGUCUACUUGGCGAUGACCGAAGAUUAGGAGAGAUUUGUUCAAAGAGAGUGUACAGGAUACUUAUGGCUCAAAGCGGAAGCAUGAAAACUGAUGACGUUGAGGAGGGUGCUGACUUCUUCAGAUCCUAAUUGUCUUGAUUAAUUAUCCUAUCUAAUUAUCGACUCCACUAAUUUAAUGCAAUAGCUUAUUGCGAGUUCACUAUCACAGACAGUUUGAAGGACUAGAGUGUCUCAUUUCUCUCUUACAAAUGUCCCUUGGAGGUCUGCGAGGCUACUGCCUAGCAACUCGUGGAGCAAAGGGUAAGUAAAGAAAUUGCUGUUCUCCAGUAACAAUUUCUUGGAUGAAGGAACCGUGGAUGAUCUCAUGAACAAGUUGGAGGCUCUGUCAGAGACACUGUUAAUAUUGUUCAAUAUUUCAGUUGCCAAUUAUGGUUGGUUAUUGUAUUAAUAGUGUUCCAGUAGUUGAAGUGAAUUGAUCAUCUAUAUAGACUUCGUAAGGCGAACAUAUCUCGAUCUGGUAUCAGAACUUCAAAAGCUAACUGCUACUUUGUUGUAUGAGUCAGAGAUCAAGAAACAAGUCUUGGUUGCUAUGCAUGGUUUUGAUAUUGAAAGAUACAUUGAUGGUGAACCCUGAGAAGUUUGUAGUUAGUUAGAUGAAUCUACAGUAUUCUUUAUUGAGAAGACAUGGCAUAUUCUUUUGCAA